AUGGCAACGCUCAAUCCCUCUCGUCAAGGAGAGGGCGGUAAGGUUAGUGGGACGUUCUUCUCUUCAUCACAUCCUCAUUCGCAUUCUUUGCCCUCUUCGUUUCUUCUCACCGGAGCCGCCACUUGUAGAAGGACGAAUGGUCUCUCGCGGAUUUUGAGAUCGGCAAGCUCCUAGGCGAAGGGAAGUUCGGGAAGGUCUACCUCGCGCGGGAGAGAGAGGUUCUCGGUUAUCCAUUUUUUUCUCAUGUUUCCGGAAAUGAUCAGUUCAGGCACCUGCGACGAUGGAAUUUCUUAAUCUUUGAUCUUCUUUAGUAAGCUUGUGUCUCUUUUGCUACUUCAAAUCGUCGUCUCUCGCUUUUCUGUACAGAGCGGCUACGUGGUUGCCCUGAAGACAAUUUUUAAGGAGAAGCUCGACAAGUACCAGUACCACAACCACCUGCGAAGGGAGAUCGAGAUCCAGUGCAGCCUGGAACACCCCAAUGUUCUUCGCCUCUAUGCUUGGUUCCACGAUGAGACCCGCAUCUUCCUGAUCCUAGAGUACGCUGCUGGAAGGGAGCUUUACAAGCUCCUCCAGGAUCUCAAGUGCUUCUCUGAGAAGCGUGCUUCCACUGUAGCCACCGGAAGCUCCUGACAUUUUUUCCUCCCUGUGAGAUUACCUUCUUUGCGUUCUGGCUACUUUCUUUCUUAGUUAUGUAUCGUCGUGGGUGAAAUUGGCAGUACAUUGCAAGCCUCACAAGGGCCUUGGCCUACCUCCACGAGAAGCAGGUGAUCCACAGGGAUAUCAAGCCAGAAAAUCUGCUGCUUGAUUUAGAGGUACUUCAUGUAUUAUUAUUUUUCCAGAUGCACCGACAGAUUUUGGAGUCAUUUCUGUAUACUAUAUCACGUCGGCACAAAUUCCUAAGGCAUUCUUUUCAUUCCGUAGACAAUUCUCAAUAUCUUAAUAUCAGAUAGGGUCUUGUAUCUUAAAACCAAUAUUAAUAUUUGGAUAUUAGAAAAGAUCCAUAAAAAUGACAGUAAACUCCCUUCCAUGGGGGGAUUGUAUUAAUUGAUUGGCAUCUUUCAUGGGUCAUAGGUGUGAUUAUCUUUAAUCACCCAAAUAUUUACCAGCUUGAUUAUCUUUGCAUUGAGAAAGAAUAAGCAAACAGACACCAAAUGUCGUGUAAAUUUUAACACCUAUGAGGUGGUUUUUUUAUUUCUUCUAGCUUCUCUGAAAAGGAUAUGGAGAUGGUUUUUGUCAUGGUUUUCAUCAUCUUUUUAAAAAUGAUUCAAAAUAUUUGCAUCAAUUUUGACAAUCGCUUUUUUUCUCGCUUAAUUGGAGAUCAAUUACAGUAGCCCCAUCAAGUGGUAAACAAUCCCACCGUAGAAUUCGUAAGCUAUGACUGCGUUAGGAUGCUAAUUUCCCACUGCUCUGUGGUGGCCUUCAUCUCCUCCCCCAUUGAAGACUAGUAUGCAUCCCCUUCCACUCUGGGAAUGAAUGUAGUAAAGCAUUAAAAGAUACUGAAACAUGAAUGCAUUUUGGAUGACAAGAUGAUGGUUUUAACCACGAAUAUCUGUAGAGCAUUGGAAGAUACGGAUGAAUGCAUCUCAAAAAACCCAACAGACAGAGAUUAGAACCCCCAAAACAGAUAGAUCCUCAAACACCUAGAAAGACAGAGAUAAAGACAAUGAAAGAAAGAUUGACAGAGAGACUGAUAGACAGUAUUAGAUGGGGUGAGUUUUUGGCGGCGAAUAAUACACAAAAAAAACGAAUCUGUAGAGCAUUCGAAGAGACGGAAACAUGAAUGCAUUUUGCGUGAGAGGAUGAUGGUUCCGGCUAAGAAUGGCUGGCUUUGCUAUUAUUUAACAAAAUCUUGAUGGAUUCCUCUCUUUGACCUUUUAUUUUGCUCUUGCUCCAAAUAUCCACCGAACAUUUCAUCCAUAAUGUGUCCUGCAAAGGUAACAGUCAUGAUUUUUUUCCAAUUUACCUUGUUUUUCAUGUGGUAUUUGAUGUUCGAUAGUCUCUAAUCAAUCAGGGUAGGCUGAAGAUUGCAGACUUUGGAUGGGCCGUGCAGUCAAGUGCUAAGAGGCACACCAUGUGCGGCACAAUUGACUACCUUGCACCAGAAAUGGUGGAAAAGAAGGCUCACGACCAUGCUGUUGACAACUGGACAUUAGGCGUCUUGUGCUACGAGUUUCUUUACGGAGUCCCGCCAUUCGAAGAGGAAGAUCAGGGCAACACUUUCAGAAGGUAGUCGAGUUUUCUUUUCACAGAAUAGUCAUUGAUUGCUCUAUUGAAGGGAUACAAACUGUGUAGAUUUAUUGGGCCAUCCAAACUCAUAACCACUUAUAAAGGGCUGGGUUAGGCCCAUUAUUAUAAAUCACAGAUUUAUUUCUGGUCAACGUUUUGGGCUUUUUCAUGCAGUUAACAUAAACAACGUUAUUCUUCUUUUUCCUUCUUGUACUGGAUAUAGAGCAGAGUUCAAUUAAUAUUUUUUUCAUAAAAAAAAAGGAACUCUCCAUUUUUCUAUUUUACUGAUCAGAAUAACUAAUGUCAUUCAUUUUUUCUGGUAGGUAGAAAAAUGGGUUAUCUAUGUAAUCGCGUAUUUAUUUCUGUAAUUAACCCCAUACUCAGGGCUUUCUAUUCACUAUUCUUAACAAAAAUCAUGCCGGCUCAGGAUUAUGAAGGUUGACUUGAGAUUCCCCCCCACUCCAUAUGUUUCUGCGGAAGCGAAGGAUCUCAUCAGCAAGGUAAGAUUCUCAACGUCCUUAUCAUCAGUGAGAGGGCACGAUCUGGAGAGUAGUAUCUGAAUAUUCUUAAAUUUUUUUUUUUUUUUUAAUUUUAGUUACUGGUGAAGGACUCUUCACAGAGGCUUUCCCUCCAGAAGAUACUGGAGCAUCCUUGGAUCGUGAAACACGCAGACCCCUCUGGGAGCUGCAACACGUUGACUUAG